AUUGCCUCCUUCCCUCCCACCACGAUGGCAGCAUUGAGCGAGGCAGUUAGACGAGAGAUUGGGCAGCACUUCGUGUUUGGAUUUCACGGCCAAGACGUGGACGAUAACAUUAGGUCGCUCAUUACCGAAUACUUUGUCGGAAAUGUCAUCAUUAUGAAGCGUAACAUUCAAAGUUCUGCACAGGUCAAGGCGGUUACAGAUGCCUUGCAGAAGCUCGCAAAGGACUCUGGACAUGAAAAGCCCUUGCUCAUAGGCACAGAUCAGGAAAACGGUCUCGUUUCCGCCUUCUCGCUUGCAUCCGGGGAGGCUGGCACCCAGUUCCCCGGCGCCAUGGCACUCGCGGCUACAGGCUCAACAGAGCUCACGGAGCGUGUGUACCGCGCGACGGCGGAAGAACUGAGGGCUGCAGGGAUCAACUGGGCCUACAGCCCCGUCGCUGACGUCAACAGUGAUCAUAGGAAUCCCGUCAUCGGUGUUCGAUCUUUUGGCGAUGAUCCCCAUGAGGUGGCGCGGUUCACAGCUGCUGCACAUCGCGGACUGGCCUCGGGGAACGUCAUCGCCUGCGCCAAACACUUCCCCGGGCACGGCGACACGCACGUCGACUCCCACCUCGCACUGCCGCGCAUCAUGAAAUCCCGCGCAGAACUUGAUGCGACCGAGCUGGUCCCGUUCAAGGCACUCGUCGGGUCCUUCUCCUCCGCCGAGCCGAUACCGUCGAUCAUGACCGGGCACAUGGCGCUGCCCAACAUUACCGGCGACGACACGCCCUGCUCGCUUUCCCGGGCGGUUACCACUGGGCUCCUCCGCAUUGACAUGAAAUACUCAGGGGUCAUCGUCACGGACUGUCUGGAGAUGGAAGCCGUCGCGGAGACGUACGGCUCAGAGGGCGGCGCGGUGAUGAGCCUCGAAGCCGGCGCGGACAUCGUCAUGAUAUGCCAUCGGAUUGACCGCCAGCGCGGCGCCCUCGAAGCGACCUACCGCGCGAUUGAGCAGGGAAGGCUGUUUAUCGAUGAGCUCCGCAUCAGCGGCGAGCGCAUCAGAGCGCUGAAAGACAAGUACUGCGGCACUUGGAACGACGUGGCGACGAAGCAUAUCUUGGACUCCGUGGCGCUUGCGAAGCUGAAGCGGGAGAAUCUCGCGCUGGCGCAGGAAGCAUACGCCACGUCCAUCGCACUGGUCCGGGAUUUGAAUGGAACGUUGCCCCUCGUAGGCGGCGCUUCGGCCGGUCUCGCGCUCUUCACGCCUCAGAUGGAGAGCGUUAACCUCGCCGUGGAUGACGCCGAAGGCGUCCUUCGCACCGCCGACGGCACGAAGCGGAACACCGCCGGGCCUUCUUAUCUCGCCCUCGCCCAGGCGUUGUCCGCUCACGUCGAGAACGAUAUCCAGCACGUCGUAUACACCCCACAAAGCGCGGACGCGGAGUUCCCGGAUCUAGGCGGCGCGAAGUCGGUCGUGUUCGCGCUGAGGAACGCAGACCGCAGCGCGUGGCAACUCGACAUGCUCCGCAGGGUCGUCGAUGCCGCCCGCGCCGCGCAGGCGAAGCUUGUCCUCGUCUCUACGUGCACGCCUUACGAUCUUCUAGACGUGGAGAUACCCGGCGUGCGCGAGGCGGCGUACCUCGCAACCUUUGAGUUCACCAAGCCUGCGCUGGAGACGGCCGCGAACGUAAUCUUCGGCGUGACCAAGCCAACAGGCAAGGUCCCCGUCCUCGGCGGCAAGGUCUGACGUUCGUAGCCCAUCUCCGCCGAACUUUGAACAGAUGUACCAGGUGUUUGAACAUAAAAAAAUGUGACGAUAAAUACUACAGUAAA